AUGGAAGAAAGGUUUCUUAGAACGCGUGCGGAGCGCGAGGAGGUACGUCAGCAAAGGGCUGCGGAACCCUCCAGUAGCUCCGCUGAGAGACUCCACUUUGAGGAGCAGGCGAAGCUUUUUGAGCAGGAAAUCACUCAAUAUGUUAGUAGUGGGAAUACCGGUGUCGCACAAGAGAGGCUGAACGUGUUUAAAGCCGUUGUCCAGGAGGUUUCAAGCAGUAGCAUCCUGACGGCAUACGACAUGGCGAAGUCCAACACGACACUGUCACGCCUUCAGGCGCUUAUUGAUAGCAGCGCUAAGAGCACCCAGGGGCCCCGAUCCUUCAAGUUUUCCUCUGCGUCAAAACCUCGCCCCACGCCUGCAGCGGCAGGGGCGGCCACAACGGAGCAACCGACCAUUCAGUGCAAUGAAGAACCGGAACUUCCUGCAGGUGUUCUGGGUAACGCACGUGACAGAACGCUAUGCAUUACUCCAUCAAAGGCCGUGUUUUUGAGAGGAUGUGAAAACUGUUUGAUCCUUAUUCCCCCCGUUGCGGGCUCUGUUUUUAUCUCUGACUGCAGUCAAUGCAAGGUUUAUGUUGCUUGCCACCAGCUCAGGUUGAAAAACUGCACAGGCUCAGACAUGUACGUUUCUUGCGCCUCAACACCCAUCAUCGAGUGCUGCACUGGGAUGCGUUUCGGCCCCUACGGCUGCUGGACGGGCAUCCUUCAUUCGUCUAUAGGAGAACAUAGAUACAAUAGCCAUGAGGAGUGGUUGAAGUGCUUGGGUGAAAUUGAGGACCUUCAGCGCGCUGGGGAAAUGUACAAAACAGUAGAUGACUUUCAGUGGCUCAAGAAAACACCCAGCCCGAAUUGGUGUGUGCUGGCAGCUGAGCAAUGGGAAGUCGUCGCACAACCAUUUGUUCAGGAGGAUGCUGCUGCGGUAUGA